GUCAGCUGAGAUGGCGUGAGAUGGCCAAGCUCUCCUCCCCUCCCCGUGCAGAAGGGUUAACCUGUGACCUCUUUGUGCGCCACCUCCCCAAACAGGUUGACUUCUCCCAGCUUCAGGCUGACCUGACCAACCUUGAGGUGAGCUGCAAGGCAGCGUGGGACCACGUGAAGGUCAUCGCCAAGCGAGACAGCGGCCCCGUCUUCAAGAGCAAGGCCCCGGCCUUCCUCAAGGAGUGCGCACAGCGCAUCAUCAUCCUGAAAGCGGUCCACAGGCGCGUCAGGAACAGGUACCAUUCCUUCCUCCUGUACUUCGGGUAUCCCAGCUCCAGCGUCCGCAACAUGACCGUCAGCAAGUUCUUUAAGCUCAUCAGCGACUUUGCCCUGGAGUAUCACACGACCCGCGCUCAGAUCCUACAGCAGAGGGAGAGGCAGGAGAGACUGCAGCGAGAGGCGGUGCCCAGAAGUUCCCGCGGUGACCGAGGGGACAAGAGACAAAAGGAGAGCAGACUGUCAGAGUGAGGACCGCUCGACGGAGAGCUAGCAGGGGGCUUGAUGGGACGAAUGGCCUCUUCUGUUGCUGUAAUAUGGCAGUGACUGUUCAGGUUGGAUCCCAGAGCACAUUAAUAAGCACAGAUACAGUAUGCUGUUCCUUACAAAGGUACUCCCCUUCAGUCGCAUCUAUCACUAAUAAUAGCAGGCUCUACCUUACAAUCAGCAUUGCUUCAUGGACAGGAUUAGACUGAAGGGUCUGUUUUCCCAUGCUGUACAUCUCUCUGACUCUAUCUCUAUGCAGUCAGCACGUCUCGAACCCAGACUGUGUGUUAAUCCGCCAUUUCACAACAAUCUAAAUAGUUUGCACUGUUAAUAAACUUCUUAGUUAAAAAUCACA